AGCCACCCUCCGUCCUUUCUUAUCCCAAACACAACACUCGUGUAGCUCUCCCCUGGUCGAAGCAGAGGCAUUUCGACGAACAUGUCGCUCGUCACAGCUUUUCUGGCGGGCUCAGCGGCGCCGGCGGUCGCGCCACGGUCCGCCCGCCCGUCGGUGGGCUUCUUUGGGGUCGGCGGAGGGUGCGCGCUGUCGGUGGAGUGCUCGUCGCGGCCGCAGAAGAAAGGGACCAAGCACCAUAUGAAGACGCGGCCCAAGAAGACGCAGCGGUGGGACAUCAAGCGCCGCCCCGUUCAGUACGAGCCGCUGCCGGCGCUUCCCGAUGACUGGACGCUCGUAGCCGCCGGUGCGAAGGAAGAUGAGGUGCCGCAGGAUGAGGAGACCACGCCCGCCGCCGCCGUUGAGGUCGAGGUGGUCGCCGCCCCUGCCGCCGCAGACUGACGCCGUGAAGUCCACCGUUGCCUCUCUGUAUUUUAUUUCUCCGCACGCAUGGUUUUUGCUUGAGAUUAUUAACUGCUGCUACACUUUGCAAUUACAAUCCUGGAUUCUACUUCA